CACAAAAAUGGGACUAAAACUAUUCCACUGACAGGCUUGAAAGCUAUGCUACCAACAUAAUUUGAUUUGUUUUGACAUUGUCAAAGUGACAGUGACAUUUUUAAAGUUGAUAUUCCUUAUUCGUUGGCAAAGCGUUUGCGCUUUGUGAGAUUCAUGUUGACGAAAAAUAUACUACUUCAAAUAAAUAGUAGUUGUCGAAGUGAAAUUGAGUGAAGGGUAUAACAGUUCUGCUAUUCAUUGAAAGUUACUACUACGCGUGGCAAUUUGAGGUCUCAUAUGUGAAGUUUUAACAAUAAGUUUUCUUUGUGGAUGAGUUCUAGAUGAUGGAGAUUUUUGCAAGAUAUGAGAAAUAAAGAUCACAGACCAUGUCGAACUUCAACACCAGCGGGGAAAAAGUAACAAUAACUCCGCCGUCGGACUCCAUAGUCCCACCUGCGAGCGCACAAUGUUCCACUUACACGUUUCCGGAGCCAACUCGUUCGCCGGAGACGCGCGGUCAUCUCCGGAGCGUCAGCCACGGAGGCGCCACGAGCUUGUCCGCCAGCAGCUCCGCAGUGGUGGUGGGCCGGUCGGCGAUGAAGGGGGCCCGCGGUCAUCAAAGGGCGCUAUCACAGGGGCAGAUUUUUGAUUCGAACGGGCCACCCUAUAAGCCGGGCCACAGUCGGGUGGGUUCGAAAACGGACUUUAUUUUGCCGCCGGGGCACAAGGAGACUGAAACUGCGACCGGGACCACGCCCAGGGCUUCGGCGAAGGGAUCUGGACAUUCGAGGCAGGCUUCCAGGUCUGACUCGAUCUACACCUUACGAAGAUCUGCUCCGCCGCCGCUAUGGAGGCGGCUGUUGUGCGCGUUGAUCCGCCGUUCGCCCAAAAACGAUCCCGAGGAACGGUACCGCGUCGUAGUGCCCAACCAUAUCGUGCCGCCGAAAACGCCCCGCAAGGAACAUCCGAACGGUCGAAGGCCGGACAACGGCAUCAGGACUACGAAAUACACCCUCCUCUCGUUCCUACCUAGAAAUUUACUCGAACAAUUCCACAGAGUCGCGAAUUUGUAUUUUAUUUUUAUUGUUUUGCUAAAUUGGUUUCCCGCCAUAAACGCGUUCGGUAAAGAAAUUGCUAUGGUGCCUGUGAUGUUCGUGCUCGGGGUGACUGCCGUCAAAGACUUAUUCGAGGACCGUAGGAGAAAUACUAGUGAUAAGAGAAUCAAUAAUUCCACUUGUAGGAUAUAUAACAGUGAAGCCUGCCGUUACAAAAAAGUGUUAUGGAAAGAAGUGAGAGUCGGCGACUUAAUACAUUUAUCGAAUAACGAAGUGGUACCUGCAGACAUAUUGUUGCUUCGAUCCAGUGAUCCAAGUGGCCUCUGUUAUAUCGAUACCGGUCAUUUAGAUGGGGAGACCAAUCUCAAACAGAGGCAGGUUGCCAGAGGAUUCGCGGAAAAGCAAAGUAUAUUCGAACCAAGCAAAUUCCGUAGUACAAUAGAAGUGGAAGCUCCGACGACCAAGAUUUACAGAUUUCAUGGAGCGAUCGUUCAUCCAAACGGCAGCCGAAUUCCCGUUGGAACUGAUAAUUUGUUACUUAGAGAGUGCCUUUUAAAAAACACAGACUUUGUCGAGGGAAUCGUUGUUUAUGCAGGUCACGAGACCAAAGCGAUGUUAAACAAUGGAGGGCCCCGAUACAAGAGAUCCUCGGUGGAAAAACAAAUGAAUCAAGAUGUUAUAUGGUGCGUCCUCAUUUUAAUAUUUUUGUGUGUGGUAGGAGCCAUCGGCUGUAAACUAUGGUUGAUGUUUUACGAUAAACUGCCGUCGCCUUAUCAAGAAAGUGAAAGUUCUGGAGAAGAGGCGUUUUUAGCUUUUUGGACUUUUAUCAUUAUUUUACAGAUUAUGAUUCCUUUAUCACUUUACGUUACCCUAGAAAUGUGUAAGAUAAUCCAAGUGUAUCAUAUUCACCACAAUGCCGAUCUUUAUGAUCCCGUAACAGACAAAAGGACUGAAUGCCGUGCCUUAAACAUAACAGAAGAACUCGGUCAAAUCCAGUAUAUUUUUUCGGACAAAACCGGUACCCUAACUGAAAACCGAAUGAUAUUCAGAAGAUGUGCCAUCGCAGGCGUUGACUACGAACAUUCGCUUCUAGAUGAAGCUAACAGUGACAAGUUGACGAAUUUAAGCAUUGCUGUGAAUCCCCGAUUAUUGGGUGAUUGGCAAAUGGAAGGGAUAUACUCAGAGAACGUCUAUAGCUCGAGAACAGUACAUUCAGGAAGAAUACAAGAAUUUUUGUUGUUAUUAGCACUAUGCAAUACCGUAGUUUGCUCAAAUCAUCCUCACCACGAUCUUAUGAAUGCUAGUGGUAUAAUUGAAGAUACGAAUAUCUACGACAAAUUGGACCAAAACUCUAGUGAAAAUAGCUCGACAACAACCAGCACGGCGACUCAGUCGCUUUCCUCAAACGACAAAUAUACACGUCUAGAAGAGUCGCGAUCUGUGACACCGUCGCCACCAUUAAAUUCCUAUUCUUUUGAAAGCAAGAGAAGCCAACAUGUUCCUACCCUUUCGCCUAUAGAUUCGAUAGAAUCGUCUCCGACAUGCGAUAUUAACGGUGUCACUGAUGGUGACAAUGGGACGAUAAAAAUAGCUAGGCCCAAGUUGCUCAAUAUUCCAUCUAAAGUGUUUCUUAAACGCGGUAGUAACUUAACCGAUGAACAAAAGGCUAAGCUGACAGUAUCUGCUACGCCAUCACCUUUCGAAUUGAAGCCGAUUUUCGAAGCGGAGAGUCCCGAUGAACUGGCGCUGGUUGAUGCCGCUUACAACUACGGAGUUCGUUUAUUAAAAAGGACGCCGACAAUGGUUAGCGUGGAUUCGCCAGAAGUUGGAAAAAUGGAGUUUGAGAUACUUAAUGUGCUUCCUUUCGAUUCUGUACGCAAACGAAUGAGUAUUAUCGUCAGGAAUCCGCAUACGAAGCAGAUUAUCUUAUAUACAAAAGGAGCUGAUUCCACGAUCCUACCGCAGUUGACACCGGUCGAAGACGAUUCCGAGCAAAAAGUCGUAAUCAACACGACUCAACAACACAUAAACAAUUACUCGAAAGAGGGUCUUCGUAUUCUCGUUAUGGCGAAAAGAGUUUUAGCCCAACACCAAUACGAUGAAUGGUUUAGGAAACACCAAGAAGCCGAACUUGCCGCCGAUAAUUUAGAAAGGAAGAUUAGAGAUAGUCAAAAUAGUAUAGAGUGUAAUUUAACGUUAUUAGGAGCAACAGGGAUCGAAGAUCGCCUUCAAGAGGGCGUACCCGAAACGUUAUCGGCCCUAAUGGCAGCAGGAAUCGUCAUAUGGGUUUUAACCGGAGAUAAACCCGAAACGGCCAUCAACAUAGCCUACUCGGCGAAAUUAUUCUCUCCCCAAAUGGAAUUGCUCAAGAUCAUGGCGAGAUCGAAAGAAGCUGCCGAAACGACGAUACAUUGCUACCUGGCGGACAUCGAAAGAACUGAAAGAGAGGAAACCAAUAACGAUAACAAAAUCAGACCGUCCACUAGCGCCAACCUAUCGCAAAAUUGCAACAGAAACAAAACUCGAGCGCUAGCUGUCGACGGAAAAACUUUAACGUUCAUUUUGGAUAGGAGGGCGAAUUUAACGAAACCGUUUCUGAAAUUGACUACUUAUUGUAAUUCGGUACUCUGCUGUAGGGCCACGCCAUUACAAAAGGCUUACAUUGUGAGAGUCGUCAAGGAAGAACUGAAGAAACGAACUUUAGCUAUUGGAGACGGCGCCAAUGACGUAUCGAUGAUCCAAACUGCCGAUGUCGGAAUAGGUAUAUCCGGUCAAGAGGGCUGUCAGGCCGUUAUGGCGGCGGAUUUCGCUCUGUCUAGGUUUAAAUAUUUAGAAAGGUUUCUACUUGUGCACGGACACUGGAGUUAUGAUAGACUUUCCAGGAUGGUGCUUUACUUUUUUUACAAAAAUGCUGCAUUCGUCUUUCUGUGUUUCUGGUAUCAAUUAUAUUGCGGUUUUUCUGGGACUGUGAUGAUAGACCAAAUGUACCUCAUGUUAUAUAAUUUAUUAUUUACUUCAUUACCUCCUUUAGCAAUCGGUGUAUAUGAUCAAGAUGCCCCUCAGGAAAUCCUUUUAAAAAAUCCAUAUUUAUACAAAAGAGGUCGUUUAGGAAAAGUAUAUAGAUCGUUUUCGUUUUGGUUAACAAUGUUAGACGCGCUAUACCAGAGUACCGCCAUAUUUUUUAUAUGCCAAGCAGCGUACGACGAUACCGACGCUGACGUGUUUGAAUUCGGCACGACCGCUACUACUGCCUGUAUGUUUGUGAUGCUCCUACAUGCUUCCAUUGAAAUGCGUUCCUGGACAAUUAUCCAUGUAGCGUCUAUAGUGUUAUCUAUUGGAGCGUUCUACCUCUACUCUAUAAUAUAUAAUACGUAUUGUAUCAAUUGUUUUGGACUGCCUAGUACUUAUUGGACGAUUCAAAUAGCGAUGUCAAGGCCUGCUUAUUGGUUGGUUACUUUACUAUCGUGUGUUGCAGCUUUACUGCCAAGAGUGUUGUACAGAGUGAGUCAAACGAUAUUGGCGCCGGACGAAGUGAUAAGAGCGCUGGUAUAUGAACAGAGAGCCGCUAGACGAGGUGAGAAGUUUUUGGUUUCUUGGUCGCGAUCGACGUCAUCGUCCUCUAUAUACAGAACCAACCAUCCAAGGCAUCAGAAUAACCCUAUGACCACCGUAGGAUAAGCUAGAAACAAUUUUAUCAAGUGAUCUUACAAUAUUUACCAAGUAGACAACAAAUUUUGAAUGCUUGCAUUUUAAAGGCUGUGAUUCAUACAUUUAAGGGACCAACUAAGUUAUUUAUUUUUUGAUUAACUUACUUAUUACCUGUUACGUUACUGAUUAGUGCAACAAAUAUAUUUGUGCCAUUUUUGUUUUACUUUUUAUUAAUUUUAUCAGAUGAGUUACACUACAAUGAGAAUAUUUAUUAAAUACUAUUUUACCA